GAAUCAUUUUCAAGGUCAACGCACACUACUUGACUGAUUAUAUCAGAGGUUGUAGGUGUUGGUGGUGCCCUUUCCGAUUUUCCAUUUUCGCAACUAUUUGGGUGUAUUUCAUAUCCUUUUCUAGUUCAACUAGUUUUGUAUUGCCUAGUGACAUUCAUCCUUCAUUAGUGAGCAACUUAAGUUGCUUUAAUUAGAGCGUAAAUUGUGCUACACUUGUAAAUCACGUGGCUGUCCUGGCUGAUCAUUUCAUAAAGCUUGCUGUAAAUUCUAAAUCAGUUUACAGUCCAUCAAGUAGGGGUUUGCGUUGUAAAGUGUAUUUUACUUUCGGUCGCGCGCUCCUAUCGGUUUUGUGGAAUUUCUGAUCCACGGGUCAGAUUGCAAUCUUCUAUUUUCGGCGUUUUGUCAAUGAAUAUUGACAGGUUUUUCCAAAGUGUUAUAAGAUUGUGGGAAAAUAUUGACAGGAACCCGAAGUUCUUGGGGAUCCCUGAAAAUAUACACGAUUUUUCCAUAAUUAAGGAGGUUGGGGAUCUUACCUCGGCGUCGCAUCCGUUUUUUGUCCAGCGGCGUUUCAAAGUUUUGUAAUUCAGUAAAAAAAUUGUGUUCUAGAUAAGGACAUAUGGUGGAUUCUGUCUCCAUUAUGACCUUGAUAGUGUCAUGGGGGCGUUAUCAAGUUCGAACAAAUGACCUAUGAUGAACAGAAGAAUUCGACGAAGAUUCAUUGCUCCCACGUUGUUAGCAAGCUUUUUCAAGUUACCUUAAGGCUACCAACCGUCAUAUUUUGGUGUUGAAAUGAGGUUUAGUUGUUAGGACUGAGAUACAGCUUCAAAAUAAUUCCUUACGCUAAUACUGACUUAAAUUCCGCAUCCUAAUACCUAAAAGUCUGAUUUAAAUCUGUCAAAGAAUGGCGUGAGGUGUCCGUUCCCACGGUUUUUGUUUAUAUAUUUUCUUAUUUAUUUGCUUAUUGGUCUCACAGUUAACUGUUUUCCUGAUUAGUUCAACGUUUUGAGAGUAUUUUAUACUUCCCCCUACUAAAUUUACCUAUCACAUUCUGUGAUCAAUUUCCUUGUUUAGUGUGCGCGCUAUGACGCCGAUGUCGCUUUGAUCGUAAUCCAUUAGCUUCGUCUUCGUAACAGAAAUUGUAUUCAUAACUUAUAAAAAAACCUUAUUGAAAUGAUAAUCACUUAAGCGAUAUCGAAAGGGAUUUAUCUGCAAAAGUACAUUAAUUAAUGCGUCAUAUUGAAUUGAGUAACAUUCAAAAAAUGUUUUGAGGUCAUAUACUGGAGGUUGCAAAAUUUGUCAUUACUUUUAAUGUCCGAUUUAUUCUCUCACUAUUUGCGACCAUGUCAUAAGUUGCUUCUUAUCCUUAGCAUAAAGCUUUAAUGUUUACUAAGUACGACUUUCAUAUUAACUAUUUCAGAUCUCUUCAAUACACUGGAUAUUUGUAAAAAGUCUACAUGUCAACACUUUGCAGAAUUUUGGGUCGCCUUCCUCCUGUCUAUUUGAAUUUUAAGCAAGACGCUAGGACGUUAUGCAAUCCUAAAUUGCUUCGGCAGGAAUCCUUGUCAUAUAGUACAAACUUCAAGACCGUUGAGGAUGAAGGUCCUAAGCACAUCAUCAUUGAUGAUAAUGAACGGAGUUGUGGUCCAAAAAUAAAAGUAGGAUUUCAAGCUGAAACACAAAAGUUACUGGAUAUCGUCGCUAAAUCUUUGUACUCAGACAAAGAGGUGUUCGUUCGUGAGUUGAUAUCAAAUGCAAGUGAUGCUAUUGAGCGUCUGAGAUUUCAACGCCUUUCUGGCCAAGUUUCAUCCAGUUUAAGUGAUGAACCUUUAGAAAUACACAUAAGGACAGAUGAAGCGAAGAAAAUUCUCGUCAUUCAAGACACAGGAAUUGGGAUGUCUAAAACUGAGUUGGAAAAAAAUCUUGGAACUAUAGCCCAUUCUGGAAGCAGAGAGUUUGUUUCUAAUAUGACUGGCAACAAGGACAGCCAAAAAUCUGUUGACAUUAUUGGUCAUUUCGGAGUUGGUUUUUACGCUUGUUUUAUGGUAGCUGAUAAGGUUGAUGUUUAUUCCCGCAGUCGCAGAGACACGAACCCUCAGGAAGUUGGAAGCCAUUGGUCUUCUUCUGGUCUUAACGGAGAAUAUGAAAUUGGUGAUGCUGAAAAUGUUAAUCCUGGUACAAAAAUUGUUCUUCAACUGAAGGAUUCAGCUUCCGAAUUUUCUAAAGAAGAUGUAUUGGAACGUAUUCUCCGUAAAUACAGCAAUUUCGUUAGUACCCCUAUUUAUCUUAAUGGCCGACGAAUCAAUGUAAUUGAACCAGUAUGGACUAAAAAUCAAUCAGAAGUAUCUGAUGAAGAACAUAAUUCUUUCUACCAGUAUCUUUGUGGUAACAAGUACGAUAGUCCACGUUACACUUUUGCAUACAAAACGGAUGCACCGAUAAAUUUGCGAGUACUUUUGUAUGUCCCAAACUGGAAACCUAGUAUAUUUGAUAUGGCGCGGGAUUCGGACAAUGGUGUGGCACUAUACAGUCGAAAGGUUAUGAUAAUGAAUCGUACAGAAGUACUUUUACCGAAAUGGCUACGUUUUCUGCGUGGUGUUGUUGAUAGCGAGGAUAUCCCCUUAAACUUGAGUAGGGAAUUGCUGCAAGACAAUUCACUUAUACGUCGCAUCAACCGUUUGGUAACUGUCAGGUUCCUCAAAUUUUUAUCUCAACAAGCAUCACGGGAAACAGACAAAUUCAUUAGCUUUCUGGAUGACUAUGGUGUUUAUUUGAAAGAAGGCUUAGUAAUUGAGGGAGAUCAAGAAUUACGCGAAGAAAUAGCUAAACUAUUACGAUGGGAAUCUACUGCCUUACCUCCUGGUCAAACUACUUGUUUGGAUGAAUAUGCUAACCGAAUGCAUUCAGGUCAGAGAAAUAUUUACUUUUUAUCAUCCCCCAACAGACAGUUGGCUGAGAGUUCUCCAUAUUUGGAAGCUGUCCGCAAAAAAGAUCCAGAUAUUGAGGUCCUGUUUUUGUACGAACCGUACGACGAACUUGUUCUUAUGCAAUUAAGUCAAUACGACAAAAAAACGUUUACGUCGAUUGAGAGUAUGAUCGCUGAUGAUAUGGCAAAUACUGACUCAGUUGGAUCUGAACGCCAAAAUUGCUUAAAACAGGAUGAGGCGUCGGAGUUGGUAGAAUGGGCAGAAAAAGUUCUUGGUUCAAAAGUCAAGAAAGUGAAAGUUACACAGAGGUUGAGUACUCAUCCAUGCUUUGUUUCUGUUCGUGAAGCUGGAGCAAUGAGACAUUUUUUGAGAACAUCUUUGGCUGACAGACCUGCUGAAGAAAGAUAUCGUGUUAUUGAACCAAUACUAGAACUUAAUCCAGAACAUGAACUAGUUCGAUAUCUGUAUAAUCUAGUUCAUGCUUCCAAAGAUUCUGAACAAAGUGGAGAUUAUUCUUUAGCAAUUUCAAUCUUGAAUCAUUUGUAUGACACGGCUAUGGCUCAAGCGGGUCUCUUAGAUGAUGUUCGUGGACUUGCGUCUCGAACGACAGAUUUAGUCGAGAAAUUAGUUGGAAAGACUAAAUAAAUAAAAUGUUUUUCUCUAAAUUUCAGCAUUUUGUUCAUAUAUUUAUCUGUUUACUCUUUAUUAAAAUGUAAAGUAAACUUUUCUAUCUAUGACAAUAUAUGAUUAUCCAUAUUCAUUU